ACCGUCGAGUCGAUAUAUACCGCGGACUGUCUGUGUGCUGUCUUCGCAGAGGACUGCCCUGAGUCUGUGUCUUUGCCAGCGUGUUCCCCCGUCCGGAAACGGUUUUCCGCGACUUCUGACGGAAGUGAAACGAAUCCCGUUCUCGGUGAAGACAGUGAUAAGAAAAGUUGAGAAAAGUGAAAAUUGAUAACAGGCAUUGUGAGUUGAAAUCUCAGAUUUGUGCUUCAUCUGAAAAAACUAUCCGCAAACUGAACGAAAAAGAAAAACUGAAAUAACGGAAAGGAAAAUAGAAGAAGAAAACAAACAAUAACUAACUGGAAGUAAAAAAAAAGAGAGAGAGAGAUUCCUCUUCUUCAGUCAGGAGAAGGGGGAAAACAAACAAUAACUAACUGGAAGUAGAAAAUAAACACCACAGCAUCCUCUUCUUCAGUCCGGAGAAGGGACCAAGCUAAAGUAAAAAAAUCAUUCCCGAAAAGGACGGAUUUAGGACCCCCUUCAUGACCGAAUUGGUGGCAGUAGCUCGCUGGGACCACAUCCUGAAGGCAUAUCGUAACUGCUGCCGCGCCCUAGAGAAACCAAAAUAGAUAAGGAACUGAAUAGGAAGUUGGAAGUUUGUCUGAUCACAUAUUUGAAAGCGGCUGGAGAAGAAGGUUGAGCCGUUUCCUUAGAGGUUAUACAAGGAAGGAGGGAGUUGGUUAACAGAUUGUUGAAGUAGCUGAGGUUUCAUUGGGUGGCGUGAUUGCUGGCUCAAGAUUGCUUCUACGGAGUCGUCAAGGUGAGGAAGUCCCUCCAGUUCCUCUUGUCCCUGUGACGUCCUCCUCUGCCAAUUUCUCAGACAUUUCAGCCCCAGCAGGAGAAGAGGAUUCAACUCCCGAGGACGUCCAUAGCACCUUGCAACUGGGCAUAACGACGACUUUGAGGACUGGUGAUGAUGAGGAAUACCCACUGGAGACGACCGUCGUCGUCGAACUAGAGACACGGCAGUCUUCCGGGACUAAGACGCCCUUACAGACUUCCACGCCCUUGAAGACGACGAUAACGACGCCCUCUACCACAGAGACCUCGACCUUUCAGAGUGAAGACAGUGGCUCUGUUGAGGAGGACGAGACAGUGACACCCACUAUGACUACUGACCAGCCUUUGGAACCGACGACUACGACCCCAUCCAAUGCCCAUACGAUGGGCGCCGCCAGUACCGGCAUAACCAAAGGGUUCACUACCACCACCACCACCAGGGGCGUGCCGAAAUUACCUGCCAAUCUCCAGAGUCUGUCUCUGGUUCUUUUCAACGCGUCGUCUGCGAACGUUCGCGCCCACCAGCAUCCCCCCUCACCCCCCAACCACAACCGCGAGAGCAAUAACAUCCUCGGCCACGAUGUCCGCCACCUUAAUCCUCCUGCUUUUUCCUCCCCAGUGACUCAGCAGUCUGCCUCAUCCUCCUCCUCCUCAUCCUCCUCACCCUCCUUACUGCAAGACUCCGCCUCCUCCUCGUCAUCCUACGCUUCCCUGGCGGAUGAUGGUGAUGAUCCCUCCUCCUCCUCUUCCAUCUCCUCGUCCUUGGAGCCGAUGGAUGACAUCCGGAUGCGGGUGACCAGCACCCCUGAUAGCAUCUUGAACUUGACGGGUGAAUUGGGAGGAUCCGUUUUUCUGCCUUGCACCACCCAUCACUCCAUGGAGAGACAGGUAUCGUGGGUGAGGCGUCGAGAUUGGCACAUUUUAACUUCUGGAACUCUUGCCUACACGAAAGAGGAGAGGUUCAGCGUCCACCAUCCAGAGGGCAGCACUGACUGGACUCUCGUUAUAAAGUAUAUAGAGCUCUCUGAUGCUGGGACUUACGAAUGCCAGGUCUCUACGGGGAACGGAAUAUUAUCGAGGCUUGUCGAGUUGGCCGUCGUCGAGCCCAGGGCAGUGAUACCAGGCAACGGGGAGUACCAUAUAGAUGUGGGGUCUACCAUCACUUUAGACUGUUUUAUACACCAGAGUUUGGUGGCUCCACAAUAUAUCUUUUGGUACCACAAUUCUCGAAUGAUUAAUUACGACAGAGAGCGCGGGGGGGUCAAUGUCCAAAUUGACACUGGACCGCAGGUGCGUUCCAGGCUCACCGUAAAUCGAGCUACACCUGCUGACUCGGGUAACUACACCUGCGCAGCAGCUAACAGCAAACCGGCGUACACCACGGUGUACAUUACGAAUGGUAACAAGAUAGCAGCAAUACAGCCAAGAGCAAUGGCCGAAGGUGUUAAGCUGGAAUGCAGCAAGAUGUUAUUCACGCUGGUGGUUUCAGUCUCGCUUUUAAACAGCGUCCGUUAACCGACUUUCGUCACAUUGCUUUCAUAAACUAUGGUAUGAAAACAAGAUAAAAAAUAAGCUUACUAAAGAAAGUUUGUUUAAUCAGGCUGCGAUGUAAGAAAAAUAUUGAGAGUCGAAGACUGAUCAUCUUCGUGUUUAUAUUCUGAGUUAAUGGGUGACUUCAAAUUUUAUUUAUCACUUACUUCAUUCACAAAAAAAAUAAAAUUUUCAGUUAUAGUGUGUGAGCUAAAACCGUUUAGCUGGCUGUAUGACGAUUACACAUUUGGGCGUUAAAUGUAUUCAUACAUGAGUAACAUAAUGGAAAAAUACUUAAUCUAAAUGAACUGAUUUUCAAUAUGUUCAUUAUUCGCCGUUAUCCCAGUCACGUGACUUUCAUAUCUUUCUUUCCUUUGAUUUACAUUGCCUGUUUACACGACUUUAGAACUACAGAUCCUCUGAAGUGAUUGCAGUCGACUUUUCAAGUGUCUGGAUCCAUCUGAAAUUUAAAUAUAUUUCUCGUUCUGUGGUCACAAUUUAGCCCUGUGCAUCCACUUUUUCGGUCUGCUCAUUAUCAUCCAACAUUUCACAAACCGAUGCAUUUCGUCACCUUCUCGCUCCGAUCAUCAACUGCAUCCUACUGCCAUCCUCGGGAAGAACUAUCGUACCUUAAGGGGAUAAACUGUCGUACCUUUCAUCAUUAUAAGUGAAAGGUCUCGUACAUUUUUUUUAUACGUCAAACAUCUCGCGUGCCCGUCGGUUAAGUAUCAGCUAACGUGUCCGUGCUCUUAUCUUGCGAGGUACUACAGUCAGCUGAGAAACGGCAAAAGAAGUUCGCAAAAAAAAAACUGUGUAUGUAAGUAUGAUAGUACUAUGCUCAAGUUCCCCAAUGAAAACCAAGUGUUUGUGCUUUUUUUUUUAAGCGUCUGCCGUCUUUCUUUUCAUUCUAGAGCCGGCUCUUGGAAUGAUAUCGAAGAAACCAGCUUAGAAAGUCAAAUAUUAUUAUCUGAAACGCUCAAUAUAUAUAUAGCGUCGAAUGACGUGAAAUCAUAGCUUAGAAGAGUUAACGAAGUGUAAAUACGUCGAGAAAAACGUUGCUUAUUUUUCCAGAUAUUGUUUGACAUGACGAACUGUUUGGUGUUCAAGGGUAAGUGGCGAUACUUUCAGAAUUUAGGGGUAAAUACAGAACAAAUGAGUAUAAUUAAAAAAAAAACUACUACACAUUGUGAAUACGCUAUAGAUACGUGUGUAAACUGAUUUCUGUGUAUCCGUGUGUACAUAUGAUAAGAACACUCGAAUCAUACACACACAUAAUACGACGCAAAUGUGAGUGUUUCCGUAUAAAGUGUGUGUGUUUUUAGACACAUGCAUACGCAAACACACACACACAUAAACUUCAGUGUAAAUAAUAAAAGCCAUAAUUUCAACAUUAACUGACGAAUAACGCAGGCCAUCUGCAGACUAUGUUUACUGGUAGACACACCGCUAUGUAAAAAGAAUAUCUAGUGAUAUAUUUUUUGAUAAACAUGAGGAUAUUACUUUUCGAACUAGGCUUAAGGACACCCUGUAAAUAUUUCACUCUAUUUCGUGUGCGUAAUGUUUUUAAGUGUUUGUACAACGUUUAACAAGUCGUAAUGUCAAGCCACAGAUGAUUAUUCAGCGAACAUGCAUCACGUUACACUUCAGACAGACGAAGGCAUUUUUAUCGUUUUGUAUCGACAGUGAUGUUUGGGUAGAAUAAUAAAUUGUCUGUUUCAGAGUCCCGAUAUGUUUGUGCAAUUAGGUUGAUAUAAUAUUAUCGUUUAUAUUUCCCUAUGUUUUACCUGAUAUCUACACUGUACUUUAAGGCACAUGAAACGGCAAUACGUCAACAUUUUAAUACACACUCCCAGAU